CCGGGUGUGCUCCCUGCGGGCCGGGGGUCGGCGAAGCACCAUGGUGGAGAAGCGGUGCCCGCGGCUGCAGCGGGACGGCGUGUACCGCUGGUUCUCCGAGCUGCCCUCCCCGCAGCGUGUGGAGUUCCUCUGCGGCCUCCUGGACCUCUGCAUCCCGCUGGAGCUGCGCUUCCUCGGCGCCUGCCUGGAGGACCUGGCCCGCAAGGACUACCACUCCCUGCGCGACUCCGAAAUCAAGGCCAACAACCCCGCCGACCUGGGGAGCCUCACCAACCUGACGGACGAGGUGGUGCGCAGCAAACUUUUGGUCUCUCUCGCCCUGCUCGGCUCUGCCCACCGAGAGGCGGCCGGGGUCCUCUUCCGUACCCUCACCCACAUCGAUUCGGUCAUCAACAACUACGGGCUACAACUCAAUGAGGGCCGCACAGGGGACGAGUUCCUGUUGCUCUUCACGAUGGCAUCCAACCAUCCAGCUUUCAGCUUCCACCAGAAACAGGUGCUGAGGCAAGAGCUCACCCAGAUCCAGAAUAUCAUGGCCAGCACCAGCAAGAAUCCCAGCACCUCUACCCUCAACACCAUGGCAACCUAUCCUGGCUGCCAUAAGGUCACUCCAAGGUCCGAGACCCCCAUCAACAGCGUCAGUAACAGUUUGGAAAAUGUCCUACAUACAUCAACACAUUCCAUUGAGGAGUCAUUACCCAAGAGGCCUUCGGGGAAACACUCCAAAGUGAGUGUUGAAAAAGUGGAAUUAAAGGGACUGGCACACAAGAAGAAUGAAAGAAACGUUGAAUAUUCCUUUGAGGUCCUGUGGUCUGAUUCUUCAGUGACGUUGGUAACCAAAUCUUCCACUGAAGUGACUGAAUUCAUUUCAAAGCUAUCUCAGCUGUAUCCAGAAGAAAACUUGGAGAAGUUCAUUCCUUGCCUAGCUGGUCCAGAUUCAUUUUACCUGGAACGGAACCACAUGGACCUGGAAUCGGACCUUAGGUAUUUGGCACCAUUACCUUCCCAUGUGGUGAAAAAUGACCACGUUAGAAAGUUCUUCAGCACUUCAUCUCCUUCGCAGCAGCUUCAGAGUUCAAAUCCUGGCAACCCCUCCCUUUAUAAAGUAGGAACUACGCUGGGAACAUCUGGAAGACCUAUCUGUGGAGUGGCUGGCAUUCAGUCUUCUCAGAAUCACGUUCAGCACUCGGCUGCUGCGCCCGUUGCACUACCCCACUGUUCCCACGCGGGAGGGACUGCCUCGUCGCUGGCCUAUCGCACCCAGAUGGACACCUCUUCUGCACCCAUGUUAAUGUCUUCCAGUCCACAGACCCCUCAGACACAGGAGCAAAACGGGAUCUUAGACUGGCUCAGGAAGCUGCGGUUGCACAAAUACUACCCUGUCUUCAAACAGCUCACGAUGGAGAAGUUUCUGAGUCUUACUGAGGAAGAUCUGAAUAAGUUUGAAUCUCUCACCAUGGGAGCAAAGAAGAAGCUCAAGACCCAGCUGGAGUUGGAGAAAGAAAAAUCAGAGAAACGGUGCCUAAACCCCACAACACCUUCUUCAGUUACCAGCAGUGGUGUGGCAAGGGUUCCCCCUACUACGCAUGUAGGGCCUAUCCAGAGUAUUCGUGGCAACCAUGCUGCAGAGCUGCGAGUGGAUGUGGAUCAGCCAGCCCACCCGCUGCCCCGGGAGGGCAGCUCUUCCGAGUACUCCAGCUCUUCUUCCAGCCCCAUGGGGAUCCAGACACGGGAAGAGAGCUCGGACAGCGCCGAGGAGAACGAGAGACGUUUGGAGAUUCACUUGGACGGUUCCGAAAAGGAGAAGCCAGUGAUGUUACUGAAUCAUUUCACUUCGAGCUCUGCCAGACCCACGGCUCAGGUCUUACCAGUGCAGAACGAUGCAGGCUCCAACCCGUCCGGCCACCACGCUCUGCCCAUGCAGAUGAUGUCAGCGGGCUCUACUCACAUCACCCCCAUCCGGAUGCUAAAUUCAGUGCAUAAAUCAGACCGUGGCAAUGCAGACAUGAAGCUGCUUUCCUCGUCUAUGCAUUCUCUUUUAUCUUUAGAAGAAAGGAAUAAAGUUUCGCCUGGACCUAGGGGCAGCAUCAAAAUGGAGAAGAGCUUUGGAAAUACAGUGGUGGAUGUCAUGUCUGCAUCUGCUCCCCACCAGCCCUUGCAGGUGCUGUCAGGGGCUGCUGAGAACAGCUCACCCACGUCUACUAUUAACUUUGGGCCUCGAACCAAAGUUGUGCACGCUUCGACUCUGGACAGAGUGAUAAAAACAGGUCAGCAGCCGGGAUUAAUAGUAGAAACGAGCACUGCUGCCACCGUAACAUCCAGCACAGUCUUCCACGUGGCUCGUCCACCCAUCAAACUCCUGGUGUCUUCAUCUCUUCCUACUGAUUCCGCCAUUGCCGGACAGACUUCCUGCUCCAGUAAUAUGCAAAUAACGGUGUCCCCUGCAAUAAUAAAUCCCCGGACUGCUCUGUACACAGCCAACACCAAAGUUGCCUUUUCUGCAAUGAGCAGCGUGCCAGUGGCGCCGAUGCAAGGCAGCUUCUGCGCCAACAGUAACGCGGCCUCCUCCAGCAGCCACCCCUCCACGUCGUUUGCCACCAUGGCCAAUCUGCCCAGCUGCCCCGCGCCCAGCUCCAGCCCCACGCUCUCCUCCGUGGCCGAGAACAACUUCUACAGCAGCAGCAGCAGCAGCAGUAGCAGCAGCAGCAGCAGCAGCAGCAGUGGAUCUGCGGGGAGCAUCCCGGUCCCAAACCAGACCCACCACCACCAUCACCACCAGCAGCAGCAGCCGCAGCCGCCCGGGUGCAUGGUGUGCAGCUCCUGCGGGUGCAGCGGGAACUGCGGCUCCAGCGGUAUGACCGUCAGCUACACUAAUUAUUUUCAGCACCCGUUUUCAGGACCUUCAAUGUUUACUUUUCCGUUUCUACCCUUCAACCCUUUGUGUAGUAACGGCUACAUCAACACGCAGCAGUACAACAGCAGCACGACCUUCCCCGUGGUCCACACCGCUUACAACAGCGGCCUGGCGCCGGACUCCGUCAUGGCCGGGCAGUCGACGUUCGCGGUGCCGCCAAUGCAGAACUUUAUGGCAGGGACAGCGGGGGUGUAUCAGGCACAGGGAAUGAUGGGAAACAGCAAUGGCUCAAGUCACAAAAAAAAUGGGAAUCUCUCCUGUUACAACUGUGGGGCCAGUGGUCACAGAGCUCAGGACUGCAAACAGCCUCCGAUGGAUUUCAAUCGACAAGGUACAUUCAGGCUGAAAUACGCUCCUCCCUCUGAAAGUCUUGACUCCACAGACUGAUAUUUUCUCUGGCAAGAAAAUACUGUAAGCCAUGGAGACAGAAGGAGAUCGAAAUACAAAACUGAGACGUCCAGUUGCUGUUAAGCUUAAUGUAUUUUUUAAUCCAAAGGUGCUUUACUUUAUUAGACUAGGUAGAAAAUCUAGCUUAGGGGUGCAUCAAACCCAUUUUUGAUUGCCAAAUUCAAACUUGGAUCUUGUUGUUGGAACUUCUGACCACGUGUCACAGGACCGAUGCGUACUGGACGGAUGGUGGGGCUGGCCAGCUGCGUUUUCUGUUGCAAGUACAACAUCCGAUGUACUUUUUUUUUUGCUGGAGAAUGUUGCCAUAUGUGGACUUUCUAAGGUGAAACGUCUAACUCCAGGGCAGCUACAUUCUGAAGUGGAAGCUGGAGGCUGAAGGUAGGAGCGGCCGUUCGCCAGAAGGACUUUGGCACCCCUGGGCUAGGUAAAAUGUCUACUUUUUUUCAAAAGUGAUCAGGCACUAAUCUCUGGGAUUUUUAAGGAUUGCACUACAGAAGAAUGUAAAACUCUUCAAGCUUUCUGCACUUUUAGCAGACAGUGUCACUCUGAGACCAGUGCAAGAGGCAAAGAAGUUCCAACUUUUAAAAAUUGGCACCAGCAGGCUAUGUGACUUUAACUACACAAUAAAAAUCUUAAGUAAGUCUCUCCUUUCCCUUCCAAAAGAACACACACGGCAGUUUCGGUUCCUUCUGGAAACAAACUUGUGCUUCAUUGUCUCAGUUAUUACUAGAUAGUGCUGGGUUCCCAGCAGUGGAAUAAACUUAAGUUUCCAAGGGUCCAAGUCCCAGAGACUCCAGAGUCAUAAAGGCUUCAAGGAUAUUUUCCUGUAAUACACAAACCAACCUUUACGUCCUGUUACUGUAUAUAGGUCUCUUUCACAGAAACCUUAUUAUUCUGCUUUUGUAAAUGAAUUUUAAACCAUCCAAAAAAAAAAAAAAAAAAAAAAAAAAAAAGAACUCUGGCAGCAGAGUUUGUAAGCUUUUGCUUUACUUUAUAUAAAAAAAACCAACCCUUUGACUCCUACCCCAAGGCUUUUGCUACAGGAUUCAGAAGUGGUAGAAGUCAAAACAUGUAAAAGGUAGUAAACUUCAUUAUUAUCAAGACUUUGAAGGAUUUAUUGUUGGCCUCCUUCGUUGCAAUAGAUUGUAGAUGACUAGCUUUGGUGUUAACUACUUAGCGUACAUAAUUUGUGGGUGACAAAUCUAAAUUAGGACUUGAGAGGAAGCCAAACAAAUCUUGAACUGCUAAUUUGAAACAGUUUGGUCCUGUCUGGUUGAAAGAAGAUACUAAUCCUCAUGGCUCACCCGAGGAAUUUGACGGCAUUAAAUGGGUGAGGCCUUCUCUUUAAAAUGUCUGACAUAGAGAUAUUUGCAUACUGUAAUUUGGAAGACACCUUUAAAGUCUGAAGCCUUGUUUACACUUGGAGGGUAUUUCUUACACCAGUUCAAACCACACCAGGAUGAACAGUAUUUGUAGUGGCGCAGCUGACGCGCGCUCGGAACUGAGGGAAGUCAGAGCCGAGGAGGAGGUUUUGAAGUGGUGCGGAGCUGCCCCGAGGAGUGAAUCGGCACUGGGAGGGGGUAACGCGUGGCCUGGCAGGCGAGGCCUUCCUGGACUGUGUUUGUAGGGGGAAAAAAACAAACAAAACAAAACAAAACAAAGUUCUGGGCCGUCUGCAGCGCCGCGGCCGUCGGAGAGGCACGGCGGUGUGAGAUGGCCAGAAACCAAACCCCAGGUCCAGGUGUUGGUGAUCUGCAGCUCCUAGCGGAUUUGGCUUUGUGGAAACCCAGAUCUAAAUUUGCGUAACGUUUGGGCUUUUUUUUAAAAAAAAAAAACAAUUUUUUUCUUUUUAUUCCUAUGCAACGAAAAAUAAAAACCGAGCUUUGUGUAUUCUCGGCCCAGCUCCCGCUCCCCGCAGCGUUGUGCACCCCCGAAACGCUCCUGCUCGCUCUGCCCUGCGGUUGAGGUUACCUGUAUUCUAACGAACAACCUUCAGACCUGCAACACUAACGUGAUGAAACCUGACAAUGCAAUUUACUUUGCCUUAAUGAGCUUGAGACAAUGGUAGGAACAAUCUGUCAUACUGUAUUACGCUGAAGGAAACACGCAGAUUUCAGUGACGAUGUUUACUCUUUACAGCUUUGAGGGUCUCUCCAGUGGCCUGGAACAUGUGCUGAAAGCCAAACCUUAACGUUAUUAUUAUUUUUUUUUUUUCCACUUUUUUUAAACAGUAUUUUAAAACUGAAUUGUAUUUAAAUAAACUGUAUUUCAACACUCACGCAGGUGUUAAAAACCCUCUCGAAAUAGCAAAAAUCAAGAGGAAAAAAAAAAAAAAAGGUAAUUUCUGUGCAUUUUGUUUUAAUGCCCAAGGCUGGGCACACAGUCUCGUCUAAUAUUCAUCGCAGAGUUGAAACCAUAACAAAAGGACUGUAAAACUGAACUUCUGUCCAGCAAACCGUUUCAUUCCUUUCUUCCGAGCUUUCUUUGGGAUCGUUUCCUUUGUGUAAAGUUUAAGGCUGAUGUUUCUUACGAGUGGCUUACGUGUACUUUUAGGUAACGUUUUUAAAUGGUGAAGUCUGGUUUUCGAGUAAGUUCAGAUUCAGAAGUCUUGAGUACCUUAGAGCAGCACGAGUGUAACACAGAAAUGUUUGCUGAGAGCCUUCCCUCGGUCGAAGCAAGCUGCGGCGUCAGACCUGCCCGUGAGCGCUGUCCACCUUGUACCGAGACCAACCAAAGCUGGGAAGUCCGAACAGAGCACUUUAGUUCCAUAAAAUAAUCCUUCAUCUGUUUUUAAAAGGCACAAAUCCCAUCUUUUUACCCCGGAAAAGUAAGGCAGCUUGUUUUAGAAUAGUAGUUCCAGCUUCACUGGCUGAAAGAACCAGUUCUUAAAACCUUUAUUUUUAUACACUGAAAGAUGGAGAUUUCAAAGAAUGCUAUUUAUUCCUAUCUUUGUCCUAAAAGUA